AUGGCUCAAAAAGCCGCGAAAAGCCUCGCAGCCCGCAACACCGCCCUCCUAACCCGCACCCACCUAAUAACCAUCUCAAUCCACACAAUCUACCUAGUCCUCCACUUCCUAAUCAACCGACCCCGCUCACUAAAACCCUACAUCCUCCUCGGUCUACCAACCCUAAUAAUCGAAUACUACCUGGACCGAAUCGGACGGCCCCGCUACAGCGAGGAUGGAACAAGCCUCAAGACCGCGGGCGAGGAUCUCAAUGCUACCGGUUUAACCGAGUAUAUGUGGGACGUGCUUUACUGGACGCAGGGGUGUAUUGUGGCUGUUUGUAUCUUUAAUGAUCGUGCUUGGUGGUUGUGGGUUGUCGUUCCGAUUUAUUCGGUUUAUUUGGCUUAUACGACUGUUAUGGGGGUUAAGAGGGGUUUUGCGGGGAUGGGUGGUGGUGGUGGUGCGGAGGGAGAGGGGGGUGAGGUGCCCUUGAGUAAGACUCAGGCGAAGAGGGAGAAGAGGGGAGAUCGGAUGAAGCGUGGGAGGGCUUAA